UUGUUUGUUGUGUGUGUUGUUAUGCCAUGCACAAAAAAACCCCAUGCUCGUAAAAGUGGAGAAAAAUCAAAAAUCGAAAAAUCAAGACGAAAUAAGUUGGCCAAAACAAAAAGAAACCGCAAAAGCCGCGUUAUAAUAACGCAAAUAACGAUUUGGCUUAACGGCUAACUCCAAGCUAUAAAUUGGACAUCAAAAUUGGAUUAUAAAACAACAAAAAAAAACCAAAUAAAUACAACAAAGUGAACACGAAAAGUUAAUAACAAUUAUUUUGUAUGCCGGUUUCUUCUUGACAAGUUUGAUCCCAAGCCCCGACAUAAGCAACAGCGACCAGCAUGAAAGGCUGGUUCGACGCGUUUCGAGACGAUGGGGGACCAACGCUAUAUUCCUUCUCCAAUCGAACACCGGUCACCGGAGAUGUCUCUAUAGUAGCUGUCUCAGUACUAUUUGCCACAUUUUAUGUGGCAUUUUUAGUCAUCUUUCCGGGUGUAAGAAAACAGAAAUUCACAACAUUUUCGACAGUCACAUUGAGCCUUUUUGUGGGUCUGGUCAUACUAAUCACCCGCCUGGGAUCCGCGUGGCAUGUGGCACAUGCAACAAUCAUUGCGCCGUACAAAGCCUUCUCACGCGAGAAGCUCCCAGCGCGCAUCGGCACCCACAUUGGCCUCAUGCAUGUCAAUGUGACGCUGACGGCUAUUCCCAUUGGCAACUGGACACCACCGGACAUUGACUACAACGAGCGCUUCACCUGGGAGGGAGCCCAGGAUAUGAGCGCCAACUACCGCCACGCCCUCCAGCGGGGACUGCCCUUUCCCAUUCUGACCGUGGCCGAGUACUUUAGUUUGGGCCGCGAGGGAUUCUCGUGGGGUGGACAGUAUCGGGCAGCCGGUUAUUUUGCUAGCAUCAUGUUGUGGGCCUCGUUGGCCUCCUGGCUGCUGAUGAACCUUCUGCUGAUAGCCGUCCCCCGAUACGGGGCCUAUAUGAAGGCUCUGACGGGAGCUCUGCUGGUCUGCACCACGGUGGGCUAUCAUUGCCUGCUCCCGAAGCGACCUUUGUGCAUUUACCUCGAGGGCGGACGCCUGGAGUUCCAUUUCGGCUGGUGCUACUGGCUGGUUUUGGUGGCAGGUAUUCUCUGCUUCAUUGCGGGUGUUCUGAUCUCCAUAAUCGACCUGGUUUGGCCGCACACGUUUUCCACGGUGCUGGAGGUUUACUACGGCACUCCAUACGAUCGACAUGUGAUCCUGGAGGAGUCGAGUGAUGUGCGCUAUCGCAAGCCGCGCAACAGUCGCAGUUUGGAGGAUCCACCUGGAUUGGGAUCUCGCAUUCUAAGACGCCUCAGCUCGAAGGCUAGGGAUUUACAACCUGGGGGCGUGGCACCGCGUCGCGAUAGUCCCGCUGGAGUUUCGAGCAGUGGAGGAGGAGUGGAGAACAAGGGGUUCCAGUCGGAUGCUCCGAAGAGUCCUUGGAGAUAUCCCUUCCGAAGGUCGCAGCAAUUGGCCCAGCAGCAGCAGAGCUCGCAUCCGCUGCAUCAGCAUCCGUUGCAGCAGCACCACCAUCAUCAGAAUCAACAUCAGCACCACCACCAGCAGCAGUUGCAGUUUGUGGGCGGUGGACCGGUGGUGCAGCAGCAUCCCAUGCAUCACAUGCAGCGCACCAUGUCGCAGGACUCGGGAUCCAGCAUCGCCUCGGCAGCCGUGCAAAUAUCCCCGCUGCACAAGCACGCUUUGGCGCGAAUGUUGCCUAAUCCCCCAGUGGAGCGUAUUCGUGACAUGGAUCACUGGUGAUUGCCAUUUGGACAAACCAUAAAAAUAAACUAUUUUUAUUGGGCUUAAUUAAAUCUUGACUAAUUGGAAAUAAUUUUAAAAAACAAAACUUGAAAACAAAACCAUUUGUGAUAAUUUCUUAAUUUAAACAAAACAAUUCAACACAACAUAGGAUGGAAGAUCACAUAUUUUUAGCUUACGAAAACGAUGUUAAAUGUAACUCUAACUUUAAUUAAAUUAUUUGUAAUGUUAAGCUAACCCUAUGUUAACGAACGAUGAAUCAAAUUUAGCUAUAAACGUGUUUUUUAGUGAUGUUCAUUUGUGAUAAGACAAUCCUGCCACACACGCACACAAAAACCGACAUUUAUGAGGACAAAGAACACAGGAGCGUGAGUUAUGACGAAGAAAAAAAACGAUGUUUAUGUUUAAUGAGUAAUUUAUUAUUUGUAAUAUGAAUUCAAUGCCAGUGUCUAUAACGAAUAAGUUGAAAAAAAAUGUGUAGAAUCCGUUUAAGUUUAAUGUUUAAGCUUGACAAUGUUUAAAGACGAUAAGAUUGGAAAAAAUACGAUGAACUACAA